UACAUUUUUUGUGGUUUAAUAAUUUUGUCUAAAGUGAAGAAAAAAAUUUAAAUUUUUUUUGGAACAUUUUGCCUUAAACAUUUUACUUGUCAAUUUGUAACGCUAAUAGAAUUAUUAUUUUUUUCAAACAUUUCUAGUAAUAUUUUUCAAUAAGCAGCUUUGGUCAGUAGAAACGUGAUUGUGUACAAAAAUAAAUUGUGUUAUUUUUUUUUUUGAGGGGACAAAGCAAGAAGUAAAAAGACAUUCAAUAUAAUUGAGAUAAAAUACAGUAUUUUCUUAUUUAAAAACAACAAGUGUUUCUGAAGAAUAAAAGACAAUAGAAAAAACUAGUAAAAAUAGCUCCAGUGUCUGAGUGCUGAAAAAAGGACAUUAUUGAACAACUGCACGUAUUUCCAGUGAUUGAAGUGUUAAUUUAAUUUAUUUUACUUUCUAACCAUAUUUUAUCUUGUGCUGUAAGUCUAUAAAGAAGAUUUAAUCAAACUGCAGAAGUCGUCACAUUAAGAGCAAGAAUAUUUUAUGAUCAUAUUUUAUGUAUUAAUGUACUAAUUUGUCAUUGCUUGUUGUUGGUAAGGAUUAAAACAAAAAGGACAACAACAAAACCAUUUUUGCCACUUGUUUCAUCCAUUGGCCCUUUUAAUCUGUCGUCAGAAGUUAAUUAAAUUUUAUUAACCCAAAACGUAAAAAUAACUACAACAACAACAACCAAAACUUAGCUUGAACACAAGUUGGCUCUAUUAAGAUUUAUUCACUUAUUUACAAGAAAUCUGUCAACACCUCCUACAGCAUAUUUUUAAUAAAUAAUACCAUCACCGUUAACCAGCAUCAAAAAUUAAAUUUUGUGAAAAAAAUCCAUUAAAACAUCUUCAUUCCAGCAUUCAUAAGCAUUCAAAAUGAAGGCUGUUGUAUUUCUUUCAUUGUCAAUUAUUGUGCUGAGUGUUAAGGCAUGGCCAAAUGUUAAGAGAACAUUUGAAUUAUUCCCGCAAGCGAGCACAUAUGAAUUGCAUACUAUAACAGAUUGCAUGCAUGUUGCAUCAGAAGCCGGUGAUUAUGCCUUUAAGAAGCAACCUGCUCGUGCAUCAUUUUUCGCCAAUGGCAAUAUUAACAUCAACCACAACGAGGACAGCGAAACUACAGCAGCACUUUUGCAACUAGAAGAAUCCCUACAAGUUUGUGGUCUCUAUAUAGUGGGUGAACCCGAUACCAUUGUGGAAAUAACAAUGAAACACUACGAUGUUAAUUGUGAAAGUGGCGGUCUAAUGGCGUUUGUGGAUGGUUGGGAAUUAAAUGGUGAAUAUUUUCCCAGCAUAAAGGAUCAUAAUCGUUCAUUAGAUGAAAGAGUACAGGAGUUUUGCAAUAAUACAAACAAACAAUGGCCACGUUUAACAAACAAAAAAUUCUUCCGGUCUAGUCAAAAUGCGGCUCUUUUACAAUAUCGCAUACCUAUCAAAGGAAGUUUCAUUGCUAAUGUGCGUUUCCAUAAAAUUAGUCAACCUUGCAAUAUUUUGGUUCAAGACACUGAUGCCUUAUAUCACAUGGCUAACUAUGGUCAUAAUCGUAAUUGUUCUAUUUCUGCUUUGUUUCCGGCUGUUGUAUCUGUGGCAAAUUUAAAGAUUGGUGGCAAGGCAGUACGUCAGGAUAAACCAAAUUAUGAUUGUGGCCUGUUCACGGAUCGUUUAGAAAUCGGGGGAUCUUCUGGUUUAGAUGCCACAGCUAUGGAAAAGUCUAGUGAUGUAUGUGGUUUCUCUAAUGAACCUGGACCUGAACAGGCCAUAUUCUGUGGAGUCACCACUAUACGAUUGAUUUCAACAGGACGUUUUCAGAACCAAGCCUCUAUUAUGAUACGUAAAGCUGAGGAGCAUGAUUUGGAUAUAGCAACAUUAAUUUGUGCACUAUAAAUUAAGAAACUAAAACGUAGAAUACCAAAAUGAUAUAACUAUAGUCUAAAGAAAUAAUUCCAAAAUGUUCCGAACCAAAAAAAAAAAAAAUAACUAUUAAUAAUAUUAGCACAACAAAUAUGCGAAAACAAAAUAAAACAGCAAAUAUUUUAAAUAAUACAGUGCGCUCAAAAAGUCUUUGUCUCCUUAAACUAAAAAGUAAGUAAAAAAUAAAAACAAAUUUAUCGCAGCAUUACUUUUUGAGUGCACUGUCUUUAUUUGCCGCAGUAUGUAAAAAAAACUUUAGAUUUUCUUUUAAAUUAAACUCUGGAAUUUUUGUUUCGACAUUUUACUUUAUAGUUAAUUUCAAAAAUGUAUAUAAACAGCAUAUUUUAUCGGUUUUAAUGUAUGUAGUAUGAACUUAAUAUAGCAAAAAAAAAUAAAAGACAAACAUUUCAAAAA